AUGGCUUCUAACUUUCCACUGCUGCCGGGAUUCGCGCCUACUCAGGAGUUCAAGGAGCACUACAAGAAGGAGCCGACCAAGUACCCGCUGCCGCGGCAGGCCACCUACGAGGAGCCGGUGGUCAACAACACCCCCUUCCUCUCCACCUCCCACGACCACUUCAAUCCCAAGAACGUCCCCAGGGACUCCUCCAAGCUGUACCAGCCCGACUGGGUCUACCUCGACCGCCACGUCCUCCGCUUCUAUGGCUACUUCAAGGAGAGCGUGGUCGAGAGCAACCACGAGAACAGCCGCAACCGCAAGGUCAAGGUGCUCUUCUACCUCGAGGACAACUCCGUCUCCAUCAACGAGGAGAAGUUCGAAAACUCCGGCAUCCCCCAGGGCAAGUUCCUCAAACGCGAGAAGUACGUCCAGGAGAACGGCAAGUUCCUCACCGCCUACGACUUCAGACUCGGACAGGCCAUCACCCUCUACGGCCGCUCCAUCUACCUCUACAACUGCGACGACUACACCCGCGAGUUCUACGAAAAGGCAGGACAGCCCCAGGGCCCCUCCGAGCCCUACGAGAACGACCAGUGGACCUCCACCGUCACCAACAAGUGGAUCCCCAAGAAGGACGCGCAGAUGAAGGAAUACCUCGAGAAGAAGCUGGGCGGCGGCAAGGUCAACUCGGAAAAGCAGUUCCUGGAAAACGAUAGAAAGGUGCUGAAGUUCUUCGCCCGCUUCGAAGGAGCGCCCUUCAUCGUGCACUACUUCCUGGCCGACGAUACCAUCGAGGUUAGAGAAGUGUCUCUGCCCAACUCCGGCAAGGAUCCCUUCCCUGUCACCUUCAGAAGGCAAAAGUUGGCUAAGAACUUCGCACUGAACCAGCCUGGCCAAACCUACGCUGAGAACUUCCUGCGCGCUGAGGAGCUUGCAGUGGGCCGUCCCCUCUAA